AUGAUUCGCUCGUUGGCAGUCUGGUUGCUACUUGGCUCGUGCGCCGCAGCGGACUUGAUCCCGAUCGAUCUUUCUAUUUUUGGAACCACACUGUACCGGUUGAUCGACACCUCUGUUGACGCGCUCGUGAGAAACCAUGAUCUAUCGUCCGGUGUGGAACCGUGGGAGUUGGGUAAUCUGGUCGGUGGCGACAUGAGACUGCCAAGGCCUCGAUUUGCCAUGGCCUUGGCCGGAAGUCCGUCUGCGGCGUACCGUUGGCCCAAUGCGACCGUCGUCUACUCGAUCGAUGGAAGCUUUAAUUCUUCAGAGCUGGAGUUCAUCAGCGGGGCUAUGCGAGAGUUCGAACGGCUCACCUGCGUUCGGUUCCGCCGGCGUAGAAUCGGAUCAACGGAAGACGUGGCGUUUGUGUCGAUCGAUAACACCGAUGCCGGUUGCUGGAGUGAUGUGGGGCGUGGUGUUGGACGUACGAUCGUCAAUCUACAGCCCGGUUGUGUCAACUCACUCACAACGCCGGUCCACGAACUGAUGCACUCGCUCGGGUUCUACCACGAGCAUAAUCGGCUAGAUCGGGACCGCUACGUCACCGUACUGUACGACAAUAUGAGCCCCGACUAUUCCUUGCAGAGUAAUUUCGACCUGGUUGAUCCUGGAAAUACGACCACGUACAAUGUACCGUACGAUCUUGGCAGCAUAAUGCACUAUCGGCGGAACGCUUUUUCAGUUCGUCCUGACGAGCUCGAUACGAUGCGCCCGUUAGUGCCGUGGGACGGUGAAAUUGGACAACGGACAACCCUUACCUGGUACGAUGCGCUCCUGAUCAACAUCAUGUACUGUGGGGUUCCGGUACCAAGGGAACCUUUGCCGGUUCCGUCACGGUGGAUCCCGGCGAGGGCACACGGCAGACGGGACCGUUUUCGUUUCCGAAGGCACUUGCGCAACUAA